GAUGGAAACGGUUGAGCAGCUCGUCUCUUUCCACCACAUUCAGGUUCAGUUGAGCGGGGGCGCGCCUUGGGGGUUCACGCUGAAAGGAGGGCUCGAGCACGGCGAGCCGCUCAUCAUCACUAAAAUCGAGGAUGGAGGGAAGGCCGCCCUGUGCGAGAAGCUGAGAGUCGGCGACGAGCUCAUUAACAUAAACGGAUCCGCCCUUUACGGCAGCAGACAGGAAGCCCUCAUCCUCAUCAAGGGAUCGUACAGGAUACUGAAGCUCACAGUCAGGAGGCGCAGCGUUCCUCUCAUCAGGCCUCACUCCUGGCACCUGGCAAAGCUAUCGGAGCUGCCCCUCCCUCCCCCUCCCCCUCCUCCUUCUCCUCCUCCUCCUCCGCCCUGCCUCCCCCCAGCCGACUCCCCUCCUCUCCCCCCUCCUCCCCCUCUGUCUGCCAUGCAGCUCCAUCCCGGCCCUUACACACUACCCUGGCACACAACUGACAACAGUGACUUGUCCUUGCAGUGGGCUCAGCUGUCCAGACCUUACGCCUCCACCGACCGAAGCAGUUCCCUGGGCUCCAUGGAGAGCUUGGACACACCGACACCCACCGCACAGCCGUACUCCGACUCCCAUAAUUCGCCCGUGGACCCCACCCUCUUCAACAACAAGAGAGACUCUGCCUACAGCUCAUUCUCCGCCAGCUCAAACACAUCCGACUACGCAACGGUGCCACUAAGGCCUGGGGAAGCCUGCUCCAUGGAUAACCUCUUCCAGAGCCUGGGGCCAGCUUGUCGAGGCUACCCUGGUGCUGACACCUCAACACUGGGGAGCUCAUCUUGCAUGGCCCAGGAUGAGGCACAGCUUGUUGUGCACAAGUCCAGGUCUCUGACCAGGCCAAGACCAAGACCUGUUGAGGUAAAAGAAAGGCCUUCCUCCUGCUGUUAUGAGGAGGAGCGGAGGGGAGACUUUGAGAUAAUAAGAAAUGGAGAAAGAGGAGCUGAGAGAAAGACGAACCCUCCUCAGCCUCCAACCAGGAAGGACAGUUUUAGGGCAACCCGGAGUCGCCCUAAUGCAGCCAACAAACGUUGCGUGUCUGCUCCUAUUGAAAUUUCCAGUGUUUCUUGUUACUAUGACAAAGACAAGUCCCCACUGAAUGUUGAAUCAGGAAUCCACAAUGGCUUCCCUGCACCUGAAGAAAGUGACAAAACUGGGACUUUCAAAGAGGAUAACUUAGACUCGCACUAUCUCCAAAGACAGACUAAAGACAUGAGACAUAUCAAAUGUGAUGCUAGUGUUAAUAAAGAAUGCAAUUCAGAGACCACCUCAGAUCACCUCUCUGACCCAUUGACUGCCUCCCUAGUCCCUAUCACCUCCUCUCAUCCUGGCUCCCUACCUGCAGAAUCCUCCAUUGAGGUUCAAGAGCAGUCUCAUACUAUGCACUCCCAGACCAAGCACAACUCUACAGGGCUGCACCGGCACAGUGCCCCAGAGAAGCUCCUUGCAACGCAACUUCAAUUAUUGCAGUUUAACAGUGACAGCUCUUCAUUGGAGCUUUACAAUCUUUCGAACCCUUCUGAUCGCUCCUUGUCCCCUUGUAGCAGCCAGUGGUCGCAUUCAUCACUGCAGCCCACAAGGGAAGACCAAGAAGCUUCUCACAACCACCUCCACGCCCCGUCAAACAAAUGGGAAGGCAGCCGUUGCUCAACCCCAGGAUCUGUGUUCUUGGAAGGAGAUGAUGAUGAUGGUGGUUCAAGUGAUAGGCUCGAAGGGAUGGGUGUAAAUGGCGGGUGCCUCCCACCAAUUGAGCAUCACCACCCCUGGGGCCGCUCUGUGAGUGUACCCGGGGACCCCACUGGAUCGUCGUCUCAAGGAAGGUUGAGCUCUGACCAGAUACUAGAGAGAGAUUUUGAGCCUCUUAGUGCUGCUGCCAGUGUGGACACCUUACUGGAGGAACAUAGAGCAGUGGACAGAGAAAGAAGUGGAGGUCAAAAAGAGGAUGUAGAAGGGGAGACAGACAUGAAGAAGUCUAAUUCCUCCAGGAACCAUCGUCGGAACCGUCGUCGUAGCGAGCGAUUUGCUACCAACCUCCGCAAUGAAAUCCAGAGGAAGAAGGCCCAGCUUCAGAGGAACCGUGGCCCAGGAGGGCUGCUCUGUAGUGGGGAAACUGUCCAGGAGGAAGAGGGUCCAGACCUUAAUGAGGAGGGAGUAGACCCAGAUUUGUCUGCCCAGGAAAGGAACACCAAAGUUGCAUUUGCCUCACAUGUUAGUCCCCAAGAUGCCAGCACCACAGCACCAGUUGAGAAAUCAAGUGAAUCAAAACAUGAUGUCUUGCAGACUCAGACUCAGCCCCAGUCAACAGCCUACACUGAAAACAACAGCCUAUCCAGGUCUGUACAGAUUCUGGACCCAGGAGUGCCCAGUUUUGGUGUCGGCAUCCGAGUCGUGGAGGAACCAGCUCCUGCUGGCAAAGCCCGACGCUGGCGUUGGACCCCAGAACAUAAGCUACAACCAGAACCUGAACCAGACCGACGGUGUAGAGUCAUGGGCGAGAGGGUGUUGGGAGUCACAGGGUCACGGCAUGGGGUUUGUGCCUUCACCUCCUCAUCCGCCUCUUCAUACAUUCGCUCGUCUUCAUGUUCUCGGAUGGAGGAGUCAGAAAUCCUUCCAUUUGCAGAUAGAAUGAAGUUUUUUGAGGAGACAAGCAAGGGUAUGUCUGGGUUAAGUGUCUCAAGUCUGUCAAGUCGCAGGCAGAAGAAACCCCCCCACCAUCCAGACGUCCAUAGAGGGCAGCUUGGACAGCUUGGACAGCAGCCGACCCAAAGGAGAUACUCCUACCAGGGGGGACUUCAGCAGGAAGGUGCCCUGCUUCCAAACACUGUGGAAGCCAGGAGGCUGUCUGUUAGUACCAGCAGGGAGAGACAGAAAGAGAAGGAGAGGGAACAAGCGAGAGAAAGGGAGGAGAGGGAAAGGGAGAGGGAAGAAAGGCUGAGGGAGAGAGAGAGGCAGCAGGAGAAGGAAAGACAGGAGAGGGAAUUAGAAAUGGAGAGGGCAAGGCUGAGGGAGAUUCAGCAGGAGAGGGAGCAAGAGGAGAGGAUGAGACAGUGGGAGAGGGAAAGAGAGAGGGAGCUUGAGUUGGAGAGAGAAAAAGAGAUGGAGAGGGCCCGAGAGAAGGAGCGUCUCAAAAAAGAAAUAGUGAAAGAGCUUGAAAGAGAAAGACAAGAGAGGGAAGAAGAUGCUCAGCUCACAUCACAUCAGGACUUCCAUGGCAGAUCUGGCAUCAAAGACAAAAAUCAAGACUUCCAACAAAAGGACCACUCCCACAGCUUCCAGCCUAAGCCUCAGGCAUUCUCCCAUAGCCAAAUCCAGAAUCAAGUCACACGAUCAGCUUUUUAUCCAGUCAACACCUCCUCCCAGCCCCUGGAGAACCGACAACCUCUUCACCAGGGAUACACAGCGAGGAGCUACACACCUACAGAGCCGUAUCCCGCCCGGCAACAGGAAACGCCCAGGCUGAACAGGAACUACAGCCUGACCGAGAGGGACUACCCAAGCUGGAGACGGGAGUCCAGACGUCCAGAGAGCAAUAAUCAGUAUCAUCAGCACCCCCACCAGGGCCAAUGGGGCCCCAGACAGGUUGACAGCAGCAGUGAUGACCACAACGGAUACCCCUUCCCUCCCCCGCCGGCUCCUCUUUCGCUCCGAGGUCGAGCCAUGUCAGAAAACGACCUCCGCUUCGACAGCAGCCACCGCUGGUCGCCGUCCAUUUCUGUCGCGACCAGCCAGACCCUGAGCGAGGUGGAGGAACGAGGCGGCGGCGUCAGGGGAGGAGAAGCCGCCAACGCAGCCCGGCCAAACAGGAAGAAGACGCCGCCUCCCCCGAGACCUCCGCCCCCGAAGUGGGAGCAGUUCCACCGCAGACGAGCUUCGCACCACACCCUGUUCUCCUCCUCUUCCUCUCCUGCUCCUCACUCCAUCCCUCCCUCCUCCGACACCACUCACUCCUCCUCGUACAUCCCUCCGCUUGAAACGUCCAGACAGAGGUCCUACAGCCUUCCUCCAGAGAGGCAGGAAGUGUCGGAGGGCUGCCCGCGCUGCAGCUGCGCCCAGGCUCAAAACCUGGAACACGCAUUUCCCCACGCCUCGUCCAAUCAGAGCCAACCACAAAGGCAGGAGCACCCUUUCUCCCACGCUCCGUCCAAUCAGAAUCAGGCUCCAUUUCAGGAACCGCCCUUCACUAUUGCACCGCCCAGUCCCAUGUUCUCCAGGAGGGCCUUCAGACCGGUGGCUCCGCCCCAGAGAGACAGGGACCCGAGGAGCUCGUAUGACGGACAGCAGGAGAGGGUGGGGGUUUUAUCAUCUCUGCCUCCACCGCCACCAACAGAGAACAGUGUGAGCAGUCGCAGCCCCAACCAGGACAGAGUAACAGCAAAACCUCACAAACAGCAGACCAACAUGAGACCAGGAGCCGAGUGGGAGAGGGCCCCAUCUCCCAGAGUUCAUAGCGACUCAGCACUUCCACCUGUCGUAGAAAAUGGCGGCAGCAGCGGGGCUUUACCUCCUGAAUCCUACUUCGCUGACUAUGAGCAGCAGCAGCAGCUCCGUAUGAGCAGAGGCUUUCAGAGCAUCGAUCCGCAGAAGGUCCCCGAAACAGCAACUGAAUCAGAGGCGACCCUCAGUCCGAGCCCCGCACACAGCCUGGACGCAGACCUGGACGUCCCCAUGGAAACGGACAUCGAUGACUUCCAGGAGGACGAGGGACUCCCAGCAGAGGACGAGCCGAUCACCAGCGAGCUCCCGUGUUUCGCGCUGCCGGUUACGGUCCUGGAGACCGACAUCGACACCUUGCCGGACAGCGAGAGCUCGCCGUCGAGCAGGACCAGGGUGGAGAGCAGCUCUCUGGAGGAGGAGCUGGAGGCCGGGGAGAGCGGCCGAGAGAGGCUGAGCCUGGAGGAGCUCUUCCCCCAGAGCAGCGAGGGAGAGUCGGGCACGGAGAGCUGGAGAGGGGCCUACCAAACCACCGAGCACAACACAGACAGCUUGGACAGGCGGUCCGGCGCGAGCUCCAGCUGUUCGUCCUAUUACAGCACGUCGGCGGCCAAAGCCCAGCUCCUGUCGCAGAUGAAGGACUUCACCGAUAACAGGGAGCGGGACGACGACGAGCUGACCUACAAGAAACAGCUGAUGGAGAGCCUCCGCAAGAAGCUGGGAGUGUUGAGAGAGGCUCAGAGGGGACUGCAGGAGGACAUCAGAGCCAACGCACAGCUGGGAGAGGAGGUGGAGAGCAUGGUGGUGGGGGUCUGUAAGCCCAACGAGGUGGACAAAUUCCGCAUGUUCAUCGGCGACCUGGACAAAGUGGUCAGCCUGCUGCUGUCGCUGUCCGGGAGGCUGCUGAGAGUGGAGACCACGCUGGACACGCUGGACCCCGAGUCGGAGCACCACGAGAGGCUCCCCCUGCUGGAGAAGAAGCGGCAGCUCAUGAGGCAGCUGUCGGAGGCUCAGGACCUGAAGGACCACGUUGACCGCAGAGAGCAGGCCGUCAGCCGGGUGCUGGCCCGCUGCCUGUCCCCCGAGCAGCACCGAGACUACAGCCACUUUGUGAAGAUGAAGGCCGCCCUGCUGGUGGAGCAGAGGCAGCUGGAGGACAAGAUCCGGCUGGGAGAGGAGCAGCUGAGGGGGCUGAGGGAGAGCCUGGGGCUGGGGCUGGGAAUCGGGAUGGGAAUGUCGAUGGGAUACGGACAUUACUGACAGACGCAUCUGAAGACAUGAAGAAGCGAGGCUUGUAGUCACGUUAAGUCCGUUUUGAGACAUGAAGCUGAGUCCGGUUCAAGUUUAGAAGAGGUGAAAGCAGCGAUUUUCUUAAAGGAAUAGUUUGACAUUUUGGAAAGUGUGAUUAUGGAUACCACUCUCAUGUCUGUACACUGGCUCUGUCCAAACGUACUAAAAUCCACCUCACAACCAGUAUAUCUUGCUUUCACUUCCUGGAGUCUUCAUGCGAAGCUAAGCUAACCAGCUCCUGGCCGUAGCUUCACAGUUAGCGUUCCAAAAUGUCAAACUGUUCCUUUAAGGAUCUGCAGACAUGUAGAUCCAGGAGCUCCAGGACCAAACAGCUAUAACAGCUCGAGCACCCCGAAUUUUUUUUAAAGUAAAGGCGUAAAACUUGACUCCAGCACCGAUGAGACCAUAAGAGGGGACACGAGUCCAACGUGUCCAAAAAGGAAAAGAAAGUCGAGAAUGGACACACAGGAAGCAUUAACAGAUCAGAUAAAUCUUCAAAUACGCCAGAAGCGUGUCGACAGGACUGUGAUUGGACAGCUGGGAGCUCGUCGAUGGGCAGAAAUGAGGAUGAGGGGAUUUGGAUGUUGCUGACGUGGAAAAGAAGAGGACGUUUUUCCCCAGUUUCACCUGAGACUGGAGCAUUUUUCAAGUCUAAUGAUAAAGAAAAGAACAUAAAAUAACCACAUUUUAGGCCUGAUGAAAAUGAUGCCGUCUGCUUCGCACAUGUGCCUGAAACACGUACUGUAAGACUGAACUAACGACACUACACUUCCUCACACUACGUUGCCAAAGACGUUUUCUCUCGAUGAAUGUGUCACUGAGACGCUGCUUUUUGUGUGUGUUUUCUGUCGUAUUUAAAUCUCCCGGUUCAGAGAAUCGAAGGAGACUUUUUCCCGGUGCUUCAUGCGGAGAAGCUGUGUUUCCGUUACUUAGCGACACUAAAGUCAAUGUUGCGAGACGCCGUUUGUGGCGUUAUUAACUGCCGUUGUGAAGUUAACUAAAUGUGGAAUUCCUCUUUUUGUAUUCACCUUUGUUGCAGGCUGACACCUGCAUUCAGCAGUACUUAAACUGUAUUAUCUACCAUAAUACCAUCAUAUCACUUUGUAUUCCCAUUACUGUAAUGUUGUGGCGUAACAUGUUUCACUGCGUGGAGUUUGAGACUCCGCCGACUCGUUAUACUGUCACAUAUUAACUGUACAGACGACACUUGUGUUUAUAAUGUAUACGAUGUGUAUAUAGUGAUCUUGAUUUGUGAAAUGACUGGAAUUGGUUGUAAAAAUUGGUUGUAAAAGAUGAACGAGAAGACCGGGAAGAGUCAACGUUUACUGUAUAUUUUUGACAGGAAGUGAAUCUUAGGGGGAGUUUGGUUUGUCUCUGAACCAGUUCUGGUUGUUCAAGUUCAAGUCUUUGCCCCAAACUGUUUCCUGUUCUUCCCAGACCACAUUCAGUUUGUUCAGUUAAUAUUUACUGGAGACUGUAGUUUUCCUUCACUUUCUCCUUGAGAGAUGAGACUGAUACCACUCUCAUGUCAGUACGGUCAGUAUAAGGCUACAAGCAAGCAGUCUGUUAGCUUAGCUUAGCAUAAAAACUUAUAGAAAGAGCUGGCCUGGCUCUGUCUAAAGGUAGCACCUCUAAAGCUCACUAAUUAACACGCUAUAUGUUCUUGGUUUAAUGCAAACAAAUGUCUCAAAACAAUGCAGAGGCAAGAUAGCUUAUCUAGCUAGACAGGCUAGCUGCUUUAGCCAUGUUGCAAACAGCUUUUACACUCACUUUUAGUCAAUAUUGUGAAAUGCUAUUUGCAGCAUUAAUAAAUACUGAUAUUAACAGAAUGUUAAGUUUAAAAGUGACCCAGUGUGUCUUAGCUAGUCAGGCUAGCUGUUUUAGCUAACCUGCCUCUGUAAUUUUUACACUUUGUUUUUUGUAGGGAUUAAACAAACGAGAUAUAACAUGUUACUUAGUGAACUUUAGAGGGGAUGGACUUUAGUUUUGGAGCUAGGCUAACUGUUUCCCUCCAUUUUCGGUCUUCGUGCUAAGCUAAGCUAAGCUAACAGACUGCUGGCUUUAGCUUCAUAUUUAACACACCUUUUCAAAUGUCAACAAGAGAGCAAAUAAGUGCAUUUUUAACUGUUUCUGUCUCAUUUUUUUAAACUGAAGUGAAAUAUUAUAGUUUAAAGUUACAAAAACUUUAAAGUUUUUCUCCCAAUUUGUGAAACAUGAACUUUCCUGAGAGCCAGGAUUUAAAGAGGAGGGCAGAUUUCUGUUUUUAGGUUAAUUAUCCACCAUCACAGCCUGACAUUAAACUACACAGUUAAUCAUCACAUUUUUAAAACCGAACAACACAGAAAGGCCCUGCAGCUCAACAGGACGUGGCAUUUUAAAGAGGAACUGUGCAUAUUUUGGCUGCUGAAGUGAAGUGAAAACAGACACCUUUGUCUUUUUCACUGGUUAACUGUUGAUCGAGUAAACUUGUUCUGGUAAAAAGCAGCAAACCUGCAGCUUAAUGUUUAUUAAAAGUUAAGAGUUUUACACUUGGUUUUGCUCAUAUUUGUACUUUGUUCCCAGAUGUUUCCUGCUGUUUUAACACCAAACAACUUAAAAUGCCCACAUAUACAUAUGACAUGUACUCUUGUGCUAUAACAGCCGUUUUCUACACCGACUGGAAAGUUAUUGACUUGACAAGAGAGGAAAAGAAGUCGCUUGUUGGACCAGUGAGAGAGUAUAUUUCUUCUGCUCGUGUUUUCCUACGUGAUCCUGAUUUAUUGCGAAGCCUUUUUUGUAAAAUGCAUUACAAAUUCUGUAACUGCAAAAACGCUCCUGUGAGGAAGUACCAUAAAUAAUAAUAA